CUCCUCCUUCUCCUCCUCCUCGUCUCGGGCAGGCGGCGGCGGCUGCUGCGGGGCUGCGUGGAGCCUUCUGCACCCGCUCGCCAGGCUCCCAGGCCCGACCCUCAGCCCGGACAUGGCUCGUGGACAGCAGAAGAUUCAGUCACAGCAGAAAAAUGCCAAAAAGCAAGCUGAGCAAAAGAAGAAACAAGGACAUGAUCAGAAGGCUGCAGCCAAGGCUGCCUUGAUAUAUACCUGCACUGUCUGUAGGACACAAAUGCCGGAUCCCAAGACCUUCAAACAGCACUUUGAAAGCAAGCAUCCUAAGACUCCUCUUCCUCCAGAACUGGCUGAUGUUCAGGCAUAAAGUUGUCUACAGGUGAAAUCAUGGCACCUAUUGACUCUUCUACUGUCAGACCUUACAUAACAAACCUGCAGCUGCUUUUCUAAAACUGUUGAUCAGCAAAAAUGAAGGGGCUACAGAAACAUUCAUAUUUUUAUGCUGUUCCCUCUUGGGCUUCAUGCAAAGACAAUUCUGUGUAAAUGUACAGUUGUGCCCUAUUUGGAAAUCUUGAAAAAUCAGUCCAUACUUGUUAUAAAAAAAAAUUUUUUACAAUUGUAAUUAUAUUGAUGUUCAUAUUGUGUAAAAUAACUCAUUUAAUAAAGUAGUACUUUGAUUUUACAAUAUCACAGAUUAAAUCCUUGUAGAAAUUCUGUUUCAACUUUCUGCAUUAUCUGCCUUAUAAUAAAAAAGACAAAGUGGAAUUUUCCCCAUCCUGCCAAAACACGAGCAGUAUCAUUCCACUGAAAGUAAUGUACAUUACAGUAAAUGAAUCCUAAGUGAGAAGGGAAGCUGCUCAGACCCUGUUGGGUGUGCUGCCUGCAUGAGCCCAGUCCCCAGCGGUCCAAUUGUGGGCUCAAGGUGCAGCAGACUCCCUGAAAGCUGCACCAGGGGAAUUGUUAGGCUUCCUUCAGCAUUUUUGCCCCAUGUAUGGGACUCUAAUGCUGCAGGCCACUGCCGCAGGAAUUCCCUUAGUGCGAGGGAGCAUAUUGGCAGAAGUCAUGCACUGGAGAGAUGCUGGUUGUGCUUGUUGCCCGUUACAUUUGGUAGAUGGCUGAGGAAGCUGAGAGGUGGCAGGAUUGAAUGCUUCUGAAUACACUGGCUUGAAUGCUUGCAAGUAUUUUGGUUAAAACAGCUCUGCUCACCUAGUUGAAAAAUUCAUUUGAAAAGAUUUUUUUUAAUGAUAUUUUGAGCAGUCAGCCACCAGUGUUACCCCUCAAAUGUGUCUGGUUAUUUCAGAACCAACUCCUCAAGAUAAAUGCAAAAUAGCCAGCUAUUAAUAGCCCUUCCUCACAACCAGCUUGAAAUAAGCCUGUUGGAAAGGAGCCAAAGUAACUAAUGUGGCUACCUUAAGAAAUUGGAUGUGAUUAAAGUUGCGUUGACAAGAAAAAGCUGGAUAAUAACUCUGGGCAAGAACGUUUGAGCAGCUAAACAUAAUUACCCUUAAAGUGUUCUGGGCACAGUUCUAAUCCCAGAUGUACAGCGCAGAAGUCGUGGAGAAACAUCUCAGCUGUGCUAGAAGGUCUGCUGUUCAAAAUCCCACGUUCAGCAUGUGGUGGGGGCUUAUUUAAGAGUUUUAGUUUUGCCCUUGCAGUAAGAAGCAAUACCAGGGUUGCACUGAGGUUACAAGAGAUGUUAAAAAUUCUGGCAGUCUGAGUAACCCUUGUUGCACAGCACGACUGUACAUCUGACCUUCAAAUGGCUUCCUGAAAUCUAGGACCAUAGUCUCAAAGACUCAUUCACUUAAAAGAAUGCACUUGGUAUUUUAUUAUAUAAAGUCAAAGCCUUUGUCUUUGUCCACUCAUUUGCUCUUUAUUGAACUACUUCUGUGAGACUAGCUUCCUGUCCUCUUUGCUGUGACAGUAUUUCUGUAAAUACUUCCUUUGGCAUGAAGUUUCUCUGUAUUAUAGUCACUCCAGGGUAGCCUGUGUUACCACUUUUAUAGAUCAUGUCAUUCUCCUCAGAGAGUAGUCCACUACUGCACUUGUACACCUGACAUCAGAAUGUAACGCUUCUUUUAUUUUUGUUUAAUGUUAUUGAUACAUAUAUCCUGUCAAACUGGCUCCCACGAGGCAAGAAAUCCACUCUCAACCUUUGUGCUGUGUGAGGGAAAGGUACUGAAAUGUUCUGAUGCCACGGUUUGUCUAAAAAUGCGCUGAGUGCAAAUGGAUAAAGAUGUUUCUUGCACAGAAUUGGUAUUUGGUAAUCUGGUUUUACUUUGGAAAAUGUCCUGGGAUAUGUCCCUGUAGCCUGGUCCUGAAGUGAAGUAUGUGUUCUAUUCCUUCAAUUCAGAUUGCUGUAGCAUUAAAUAAAAAGAUUUUGUUUCAUAAGCAAUCUCUCUUGCUGAGCAUUGAAGAGCUGGAAAGCUGCAUCACUAGUGGGAUGGUUAACUUCAGUUGGAAUUGUGUUUUCAAAACUUUAUGUUGAAAAUGCCCUAUUAAACGAUGGGUUUUUAAUGUAUUAGAAGGCAAGGUGAUCCUGGGUUCAGUAAGAUCCCUAGCUGCAGUAGCUGCAGUCUCAAUGACAGAAGUAAAUGAAAGCUGGGACUGAAUUGUUGUAAAGGCUUUAUAAUGCUAUGCUAAAUGUGGGAAUCGUCCUCAUUUAGAACAUCUGCAAUGCUUCUUGUACCUGAUAGGUCAGAGGAAGGACUAGGAGUUCUCCCUCAUCUCUUCCCGUUCAGAAGGAUGGGUACCCUGUUACCAAGCUAAAGACACAGUUGUGUGUUGUAAUGUGUCUGAUUAAAGAGAAUUAAAAAACUAAAA